AUGCUACGGGUACGAGUACCGGGACCGGGUACUUUAUUGAAAAUGUACUCGGGUACUGGUCCUAAGGAGGGUUUCUCGGAUGAAUGGGCGAUAAUAGAACUGCAAGGAGACUUGAAAUCUCACUCUGAUUCAAAUUUUGAGGGUCAGUUUAUCGGCGACCUACAUUUCACAAAAUCUGGGAUACCCCUUCUCAUCAUUGGCCAUCACCUGAUGUAUGGAAAAGAAGCCAAGCUUGAGAAACCUUUUGCUUUGUUGGAGAAAAAAGUAGAUGGAGCUACAGCAUAUACAGUGAAGUCUGUUAUCAAGAAUAAAAUCAUUUUCAAGACUAGACCUAAGCCUAUUGUUGGCAAUCAAGAAUAGCAUAAUAAUGUACCUAAUUACAAUUUUUUUAUAACUCAUUUUUCUUAAAAAACAACCUAAAAUAUCCAA